CGGAGCUGCAGAUUGUUUGUGUUGUUUGAUAUUUUCUGGAAUUUCAAUUACAACAUUUGUAUGAUGUAGUGAAGAUUAGUUGAAGUUGAGUAUCAUUUGUACCAUAGUUGUAUAAACUUAUCUUCAUAAUAUUUUUGAAGGAGAUAUGGCAAAAAUCAGAAAGAAUACACAUAAAAGUGAGGAAAUUAGUAGUUCUUCUGGUUCAUCUUCUUCUAUAUCCUCAGAUGAAGAAGUAGAUGCAAGGGAUUUAAAACCAAUUAAAGAAUAUUUAUCAGAUCGUAAGGAAUUAGCUCGACAGCUAUUUAAAUCUGUUAGAGCUGAGAAAAUACAAAUGAUGCUACCUCAAGUAUUGAGGAAAAUGGAUUUAGGGCAAUUAGAAAAGUGGUGUGCUAAUGAAUUAAGUGGUAUGUCAAAGAAACGUAUAUUAUCUAUUUUGAAUGGAAAACCUAUGGUAGAGUCAUCAGAAACUAGCGAGUCAGAUGAUUCAGGACCUUCUUUGGAAAUAAUCUCAGAUACAGAAGAGUGGUUUACCGAUGAAGAUGUACAUAUAAAGGAAGAGGGUUCCCAAAAAGGGAAAGUAAAGAAAGAUAAAGUAAAACAAAAAGUAAAAACUCAACUUCAUAAAAAGAAUGAUAGUAAACCCAAUCAUAAGAAAGCUUCUAAUAAUAUUUCUAAAAAUAUGAUAACACCAAAAGAGGAACAAGUAAAAACAAAUAAAGAAAAAGAAGGUGAUAGUUUGCUAGACUUGUUAGAAUUAGAAAUGCGUGCAAGGGCAAUUAGAGCACUAAUAAGAAAAGAGGAAGAUAUAAUACCAAAUACAUCCAAAUCUACUGAAACUAAUAAUACCUUAAAUAAUGAUGCAAUUGCUAAAGCGAAACAGGAUGAAAUGAAGGAGAAGGAAAAUUGUAGAAGGCAGUUAGAAAAAAUUAUCAGUGCCCAACAAAAUAGCACUGGUGAAGAUGAGGAUGUUGUCUUGGUUGUUCAACCAACUCCAACUAUCGAGUUACUAUCUAGUGAUAGUGAAAAUGAAGCUCACAGUGGAGUUCGUGUGAACAAAAAGUUAGAAAAUGAACGUGUAAUGGAGGACAAGGACAGUGUGCAAAAUGUAAAAGAAAAUAAAGAAGCAACAAGUAUAUCAGAAGUACACAAAGAACCAGAGGCACACAAAACUGAAGUUGCUAAACGACCUCACAGUACUAAUGCAUCUCAGACCGAUAGUCAAUCAAAAUCUAGUGGAAAGAGAAGAAAAACAAAGAAAAAGGUACAUGCAAAAGAGCAGAUGAAAGAUACAACUUCUGAAACUGAUGCACACACUGCAAAGACAUCUAAUGACAGUCAAAGCACUGAGUGUGUAAAGAAUGGUGAAUCAUCAGAAAAUGCAAAAUCAAAUGAGAAGAAAGAUGAAAAUAAUAUUACAUUGAAAGUGGCAUCUGAUAAGCAAAAUUCUACAGAAGCGUCAGGUGCAGUUAGAGUAAAUUUAGACGAAGAAAAAUCCAUUGACUUAGAUGAAAUAAUCGAUUUAGAUGAUUACUGUGAUGACAUGGAGGAGAUGGAGAACAGCGGGAACAAAAAUGAAAAUGCGGAAAUGAUAGUUAAGCAGAUUAAAUGUGAAACUGAAAAAGGCUCUGCACCAAAAUCAAACGGAACCGAAACUUGGGCGAGUCGUUAUUAUCAGACGGACGAUGUUCAGAAUGUGAUAAAAGAAUCGAAGAUACAGUCAGAAAUUCGUAAACGUUUGAGAGAGCGUCAAAGACUGUCAAAAGCUAGUACACCUCCAAAUAAGAAGUCGCAAACUUCUUCAUUGGUUGCUGAAGGUGCAACUAUUAAAGUUGCAGAAACAAAUCCCUUAGGUUCGGUAGACGAAUAUUUAGCCCUAAAGAAUACUGAUACGUGCCUUAGUAACAACGGUAGCGAUAGUUCUGGUGUUGUAAAAAACAAUGAGAUCAACAGUAGCAUAGAUCCAAAUAAAAUAAUUGAGAAUGACAAUGCAAAUGUGCAUCUUAAAAGUCAAAACGUUGAAACAAUUAAUUUAAGUCCUAGUGUAAAUAAUUCCUCGGUUAUAAAUAAUGAAACCGUAACUACUGUUACAAAUCCUGGUUGAUAAAAUUUGUACAUAACAAAUGCAUCUAUUUGCAUCUAUAAUUGUAUAUACAUGAUUAUCAUUACAGUAAAUAUUGUUCUCUAUCGUUUUUUUAUGUGAAGUAGUUUUUCAUGGAAUUAUUGUUUUGCAAAAUUGUACAUAUUUACGUUUAUUUAUAAUAAAACCUAUUCGGAUGCUGUAUCAAACUUGCAUUCAUUUUUACAGCUAAACUCUGUUUUUUGUAACCAAAGAUCAUUGAAUAAAAAC